AUGAACGAUAUUCAUCAAGAUAUGGAUGAGAAAAUGUCUUCUGUCGUUGAUCCUAAGAUCGAUUUGGCGGAAGAAGAAUAUACAGAGGCUGAAUCACGUAAAGUGGUCAGGAAAUUGGAUAUUUAUAUUUUACCAAUAAUGUUCGUUUUGUUCACCCUUCAGUUUAUGGACAAACAAGCUCUUAAUUAUGGUGCUAUUUGGGGAUUAAAGACCGAUCUAAAGCUCACUUCGGACCAAUAUGCGUGGACGGGUUCAAUCUUUUACUUUGGAUAUCUUCUAGCUCAAUUCAUCUUUCCCCCGUUGGUACAUAAAGUACCUAUUGCAAAAGCGUGCGGAGUGUUCAUCUUCCUUUGGUCGGCGGUUCUUAUGACUAUGCCUGCUUGUAAGAAUUUUACUGGUCUAGCUUGUCAACGUUUCUUCCUGGGUGUAUGUGAAGGUGGAAUCACUCCCGCCUUUGUCGUUCUCACUUCUCUUUUCUACACUCGACAAGAACAAGCUCUUAGAUCAAGUGUAUGGUACAAUGGUAAUGCGAUGGGCAACAUCAUCGGUGGGGCUUUGGGCUACGCAUUCGGAGAGGCCAAUACCAAUUUACAAAAAUGGCAAUUGUUUCCAUUAGUAUUCGGAGCUAUCUCCCUUGGAUUUUCUGCCGCCUUCGUCUUUCUCGUCCCUGACUCGGUGGAGAAAGCUCGAUUCUUCAAUGAUGACGAACGUCGAGUUGCCGUUCUUCGUGUCCGAUCCAAUAUGACCGGUGUUGCUCGUGGUCAUUUCAACUGGUACGAAGUCCGAGAAGCAUUAAUCGACCCUAAAACCUGGCUCAUCCUCAUUAUCGCCCUCCCAAACGCUCUUCAAGCUUCCGGUCCAGGAACGUUCGGUUCACAAAUCGUUAAAAACUUCGGAUUCAGUACUCUUCACACUACCGUACUUCAAGCCGUUCCAACAGGAGCUUUUCAAUUCCUCACUACCGUCGGAGCUGGUUAUAUCGCUACACAUUACAAAGAUAUGCGUUUGAUCCUUAUCGUCAUUGUAAAUCUACCUGCUAUCAUAGGUGGAGCAUGUUUAUAUUCUUUACCAAAAUCCAAUAAAGCUUUAUUAGCACCUUAUAUUUUAGUUUAUGGUGCAGCUUGUACACAAUCUUUGUAUCUCACUUUCCUCAGCUCGAACGUGGCUGGUUAUACGAAGAAAACGGUGGUAGCUGUAGGUUCUUUACUCAUGUAUUCCGCUGGACAAAUCGCUGGACCUCAUUUCUUUACUGAACCACCUUAUGCUUUAGGUUUUGGAAUGAUGAUGACUUGUUAUAGUAUCAUCAUUGUUACUGCUAUCAUUUUGAGGUUUUAUUGCGUUAGGGAGAAUAAACGUCGUGAUGCUGCGCAUUUACAUAUGGAUGUUUCGCAGGUUGUCGCGGAUGAACAGGAUCUCACAGAUUGGCAACGAAAAGCUACUUUCCGUUACGCACUUUAA